AUGUUCGAAUUCUUUAUCAUGACGAUGACGAUCCCAUGCCUUCCUUUCUUCCAGGUCGACUUGCCGGGUUUCUGUCGACGCCCUUUCACCAGCUGCGAACUCUUGUCUUUAGUAUUAAACGAAAAUCAGGCUCAAACCUUUGGCAGCAAGUUUAUCAUGGAAGGCGUCGAGCUGCCUACCGUCACUAUUCUCAUGGUUGGAGCUUAUUGUGAUUUUAUGGUCCACCUCUACCGGAAUGUUGAACAUGUAGCGACCUUCGGCUCGGUAUGGCUUCACUCGCAUCGUGGGUCCAUGAUUAGGGAACACUCGUUCAGGCUUAUUGCUGCCGCGAACCAGGCAAAGAUGUUAAGCCUAUUGCAGGCUGUAUAUAAUGCAAUGCCUUCCAUCCAAAAGUUGACUUUAGAUGGCGGUACGGAGCUUGUUCCGACUCUGGAUCAGUUCAAGUCACUGGAGAUACUUGGUCCGGUGGACGCUUCCUCUCUAUGCGUUGGGUUUAAUCCUCAAAUGUGCGGGAAUAUAUAUAUGGGUCCGAAUGGUGGUGAGAUCCGCAAGAGGGUGCUAGCACUCGCCGAAGCUGCGCCAAUCGCUACACGGUUUCCUGGGGGGAAAAUUCGAGACGUUCAAUGUUGUGUAGAGGAGCAAGUGAAGAUCAUGAAGGUCUAA